AGGGACAGAGAGAAAGACAGAGAGAGACACCAGUGGCAAAGAGUGAUGAGCGAGGGCAGGAGAGGAACACAGGGGUUUACAAGAGCUUGAAUUUCAGAGGGAAACACAAGGUGGACGAGAGAGAGAGAGAGAAAGACACACACACACACACACAGGCUGAGGGGUGUGUCAUAGCAAUUUAGUUCCUCAAGGAAGUAAGACUCAACAUUAUCUUAAGACAGUGUGGCAGGCACUGACAGAGGCGCAGCACGAGGAGUGUUUUUUCUGGCAUUUACUGGUUCUACUUGUGGUGAAGAUGGAGGGAUCUCGAUAAACCAGCGGCCUGUGCUGUCAACGUGAGAACAGAGCAAGAGGGUGAGACACAUAUUUGACCAAGAAGAGGAGGGAGGGGGACUCAGCAGUCACAUAGACACACACACACACAAAGUCAAACAUGGACACCUUCAGCUCCAAGGACAUGGCCAUGAGGGCGCAGAAGAAGAUCCUCAGCUCCAUGGCCAGCAAGAGCUCCGUGCAGAUGUUCAUCGACGACACCAGCAGCGAGAUCCUGGACGAACUGUACCGCAUUUCCAAGGAGUAUUCUGGGAAUAAAUCUGAGGCUCAGAAAGUGGUCAAAGACCUGGUCAAGAUCGCGGUGAAGAUCGGCGUGCUCUUCCGAAACAAUCGCUUCAGCACCGAGGAGCUGGCAGUGGCCCAGGAUUUCAAGAAAAAGCUCCACCAGGGGGCGAUGACGGCCAUCAGUUUCUACGAGGUGGACUUCACCUUUGACAAGACAGUGAUGGCAGACAUCCUGAAGAGCUGCAGGGACCUGCUGCUGAAGCUGGUCAACCACCACCUCACGCCCAAAUCCCACGGUCGCAUCAACCACGUCUUCAACCAUUACUCGGACCCGGAGCUGCUGACCAAACUGUACGAGCCCGGCGGCCCCUUCAGACCCAACCUCACCAAGAUCUGCAAAGGACUUAACAAACUGGUGGAGGACGGGACAAUAUGACACAGGAAGCGACCGAGAUCGUCAGUCAGACACUGGGAGACCUACAGGCAGACACACCUAAGACUCUGAACUGUUGGACUAAGUUCGGUCGUACUGCUGCUGAGGACCUGCAGCGGUGGAAAGGUGACAUGAGAACAAAUCUGCUGCCCAACUGUUCAUAGAGAACAUGGGAUUAAAAUUAAGAUGGCUGAGUCAUCCCUCAAGGUUUUUUUUUUUUAAGUUUAAAGAUGAUAUAUAUACUUGUCCAAAGAAAAAAACACAACAAACUUGAAUAUAAAUUGAUGUAUGUACAGUUGUUUUAUUAGACAAAGAAAAGUCAACUAAUGUUUAAGAUGAGAAACCUGGAAAAGUUUCACCCCUUUACUACUGAUGUUCUACUGAUAUAAAGAAAAGGGAAAACAGCAGGAUAGCAUGCAAGGGAACAAUGCCACUGUAGUACAGCACUGCCACCUGGUGGACAGGAUGAUGCAUGAGCAAAUCCAUGCACAUAGCUGCGUUUACUGACACAUGCGGAGCUUAUUAUAGAUGAAACAACCACAGUGGACAAUAGUGGGACAACAAUCCCAUUAUUACAAAACAUGUUUUGAAACAUCCCCACUCCUGAGGGGUGUUGAUUGUGCAAGUGUGAAUGUUUAUCUCAUUAUUCAUUGGCUGAGAUUCAGACGUGUUUUUCUUUUGGUUUUUCCCAAAAUAAAGGCACUGGAUUUUAACAGACAAGGGUAAAGUUGAGCCCUCAUCAGUCAAAUACUGUCAUGUAGUGUUUAGCUGCAGAGUGUUUUUUCGUUUGUGUGAGCUGCAACAUGGAGAAAAAUCAGUUACAGGAAGUUGCUUUUUUUUUGUUUUAUAAAUACAUGUAAACUUUUACCCUUAACAUGGGAUCAAAACAUUGGUUUUGAAAAAAGAAAGAAACUAUGCAAAAUGAAUAAAUAAA